AUGAAAAUAAGAAAUCAUCAUGUAAUUGAUUCAAUGGCUUUAAUGCAUUUACCAAAUGGGCCAACUCCUUAUUUCAGGCUAACAAAUGUGAAAUUAAGUCAUGAAAUUUAUGGACAUGGAAGAUCUUCAAAUCAUAAACCAGAAUUAAUAUUGAAUAAUUUUAAUACAAGGCUUGUUCAUACUAUCAACAUCACAGAUAAAGUAGAACUACAAGAAAUUGGUACAAAAUUUACUCUCAAGCUUAAAUGGUUACAAAAAGGAACUUUUAAUAAGAACAAUGAAUAUGAAUGGAUCCUUUUAGCCUGA